CAGGAAGGAGGCGUUGUGCCGCAACUGCUCCACGAUUUGCAGCAGCAGGAAGCAACCGCGUGGCAGAUGCAAGGGGCAGUGGAGCAGCACCCGCAGCAACGCAGGCACGGACAGACGGAACAACUGCAGCAGCAGGGACAGGACGAAAUUUUUUGUGGGUGGAGUGUACCCGCAAGCCACAGAACUGCAAAUUCGUUCCUAUUUCGAGCGAUACGGGAAAGUGAAGGGGGUAGAACUGAAAAUGGACCGAGUAACGGGAAGAAACAGAGGCUUUGCCUUCGUGACUAUGGCUGACGAAACAGCAAAGGACGCUGUUUUUAGAGGCCAGCAUGUACUCGGUGGAAAGAAGAUCGAAGUACGUGCGCUUCAUGAUGAUGGAUAUGAGGCACUGAAGAGAAAAAUCUUCGUUGGAGGCGUCAAUCCUUCUCUUUCUGAAGAGGAAAUUGGAGCGUACUUCGGAAAAUUUGGAACGGUGGAAAAGGUCAGCAUUAUUAGGGAUGCUACGACAGGGAAAUCCCGCGGAUUUGGUUUCGUGGUUUUCGCCGAAGAAUCUGCCGUAAAGGACGUCCUCAAAAAUCGCCGCCAUAAUCUGAAUGAUAAGGAUAGCGUCGGGUAUGUCAAAUCUGCUGCUCAGCAUAUAUAUGAGGUACGUGUGUACAUCUAUCAAGUGAGUAGACACACUCUAUUGCGAAGUUCGAGCAGCAGAGGCACGUGCAGCACUGCCGACAACCCCGCCGAUUUACAGCGUAUAGCUCGUACCCGCCUAUGCAUCCGCCAGCCCCGGGCGGCCGAGGAGCAGCAGCAGGUGGAGCACCUGCUGCGUACUAUCCAGCAGGCCGCGCCCCCUGCUGCAGCGCCAGUGGCUCCAGCUCCUGCACCUGCUUAUUACUACGGCCCUCCUCCUCCGACCCUGAGUAGUGUUCCUGCUCCUGCUCCUGCUCCUCAAGUGACGCCGUACUAUGCGACAGCCCCAGCUCCUGCUGCUGCUGCUGCCGCUCCGCCUGUGCACCCACACAUGGUAGGCGCUGCGCCUGCUGCCACGCCCUAUGCGCAACAUCAUCCGCCGCAGCCGGUAGCUACACAAGCUACUCAAUACGGGGCCACAACGCUGACAUCUACUGCUAUUCCGAUGGUGGCAGCUGGGCAGCAGCAGACCGUCGCUGCCACCAAUAUCUACGGAACAGCUGCUGCACCUGCUCCUGCUGCCACGGCGUACGAUCCAAAUGCAGUUGCUGCUGCUGCGGCUGGCGCGGCCGCACCCGCAGCUGCUCCUGCUGCUGCCAACGCUCGUGUUGCAGCAUCCAGCUACUGGGGCGAAGAUCAGUCUGCCGCCUGCUACGGGGUCGCCAGAACUACUACGGCUGCUCCUGCGGCUGCGACAGGCGUCGUCGGAAGACCCACCGCUCAAACUGCUGUGACAGCACCCACCAGCUACGGAGGGUACAGCCCCGUGAGGCAAAGUAAGAACAGCAGAUCUGACUUAGGACAGCACAUCUCCGCUUUCAAGCGACGUCUCUCGUGA